CCUCCUUGCUCCUCCCCAUCCCACAGGACCCCAUCGCUGGCCCGCCGAGCAGGCACUUUGGGGCCCGAGCCGCUCUGCAGCAAGAGGCCCGCCGCGCCCGAGCAGCCCAUCCCGCGCGCCCGCCAUGCGCGCGCCCGGCGUGCUUCCCCUGGCGCCGUGGGCCUGGCUCGCCCUGCUGGGGCGGGCUGCGGGCACCCUCGACCUGGAGGCCCCGCUGCGCCAGCUGCAGUCCGUCGCCGUGGCCGACGCGGCGCCGCUGCGUCAGCUGGAGAUGCCGCCGCCCGCGGUGGACGAGGCGCCGGGCCUGCGGCCGCUGUCGUGGGAGGCGGCGGGGGCGAAGGCCGCGGACACCAUCGCCAAGAUGUCCCUUGGUGACAAGCACGCGUUGCUCCAGGGCCUCGGUUGGGACGGCGACCUGCGCAAGUGGUUUUACGUCGGGAACACCGCCGCGGUCCCCGCCCUGGGCAUCCCCAGCCUCAACAUGCAGGACGCCGCCUCUGGCUUUCGCACGUACUGGUCGGAGCUGGUGGGCACCGUAACGUGCUGGCCCUCGCUGCUUGCCAUGGCCGCGACCUGGGAUCCGAACGCGGUUGAGAGUUAUGCGCGGGCGGUGGGCAAGGAGUUCAAGGGCAAGGGCGCCAACGGCAUCCUGGGCCCUUCUGUAAACGUUCACCGGGUGGCCCGCAACGGGCGCAACUUCGAGUACCUCUCAGGCGAAGACCCCUACCUCGGGUCGGUGCUGGCCCCGGCAUACGUGCGCGGGGUGCAGUCUCAGGGGGUCCUCGCCGUGUUGAAGCACUGGGUCUUCAACGAGCAAGAGACCAACCGGAACUCGGAGAACUCCAUCGUGGACGACAAGACGGCGUGGGAGCUGUACUACCCGCCCUUCCAGGCCGCCGUCGACGCGGGCGUGGCGGCCGCCAUGUGCUCCUACAACCGGGUCGGGGGGCAGUACUCGUGCCAGAACGAGGAGACCUUGCAGAGGGUCCUGAAGGACCAGAUGGGCUUCAAGGGGUUCGUCCAGACGGACUGGUGGGCGGCCAAGGCGAUGGGUAUGCCCGCGGGCCUCGACCAGGAGAUGCCCGGCAGCAACGACGUCUUCUUCAAUGAGGGCGACCUCGCGGGUCAGGAUCCUCAGCGAGUCGACGAUGCUGUGCACAGAGUGCUGUCCGCGAUCUACCGGUUGAAGUUGGAAACGAGCACGCCGUGCAGCCCACCGGAUUGCGAGGAGUGGUUCAGGAAGAACGUCACCAGCGAAGCCCAUGCCUCACUCGCGCGGUCGUUGGCCACGGAGUCCAUAGUCUUGCUCAAGAACGACAAGGACGUGCUGCCCAUCUCAACCUCGCGCGUGGGCAAGAUCGCCGUGCUCGGUGCCGCGUCGGCGGCGAACGCGUACGAUCCCAGCGGCGGCGGCCAGAACGGGGGCGGCGACUGGGCGACUGGCGACUACUACUCCGGAGGCGGCAGCGGCCACAUGGUGGCCGGGCGCUUGAUCACGCCGCUGCAGGGCAUCUCGAGCCGCGCCGCUUCCGCGGGCAUCGAGGUGGCGUCGGCGCCGACCGAUGACGUCGAGGCUGGGCUCCAGGCGGCGGACGGAGCGGACCUCAUCAUCGUCGUGGCGGCCACCACCAGCGGAGAGUCGAGGGACCGCGACAGCCUCGCCCUCGAUGGCGGCGUGGGAGACCUCAUAGGCGCGGUGUCGGAUCGGAGCGGGAAGCCCGUGGUGGUGCUGGUGCAGUCCCCCGGCGCCUUCGUGGCCCCGUGGGUGGACUCGGCGGAUGGCGUCCUGGUCAUGUUCUUGGGGGGGCAGGAGACGGGCGCCGCCUGGGCCAGCAUCCUCUUCGGUGAUCAGUCCCCCACCGGAAGAUUGCCGUUGAUGCUCCCGGCCACGGAGGACGACCAGAUCCCGCCUGGCACGGGGGACGACGUGGAAUACAGCGAGGGCACGAAGACCAGCUACCGCAACCACGACUUCAAGGCGGCCUUCCCCUUUGGCCAUGGCCUGACGUUCACCACCUUCGAGUACACGCACGCUGUGGCAGUGCCAUGUGGCGGCCAGACGGCGGCCGCGGUGGUGCGCGGGCCGGCUUCCGAGGAGCCUGCGGGGCAGGCCGUCGCCUGCGUCCAGGUCCGGGUGCGGAACGCGGGGAAGUCCUCUGGGCAGGAAGUGGUGCAGCUGUACCUGGAGUUCCCCGCGGAGGCUGGGCGCCCAGGACCCCUGCUGAAGGGCUUCCAGAAGACUGGCGUCAUGGCCCCAGGCGACGAGGUAGAGGUCGUCCUGCCCCUGACUCGGCGGGACCUCUCGUACUACGACGCCGAAGCCAAAAGCUGGAAGGAGGCCGCAUCCUUGACGGCGCACGUCGGCGCGUCCUCCGCCGACUUGCGCGCGUCGCCGGUGCAGCUGACGCGCGACGAGGACUCGGGUGAGUGGCCAGCACCAGAGCCAGCGCCGACCGCGCCGGCGCCAGCGCCAGCAGCUGCGCUGCUGCCAGCGGCAGCGCCUGCGCCGCGGCCAGCGGAGGCUUGGCCCGUCGCCUCCGAGGACUCCGUCGCGCACGUGGCCAGGGGGGCCUGGGACUGCGAGGUGGGGCUGUGGCACUGGAGGGAGGCCUGGUCGGCGCCCAAGCGCGCGUGGUGCUGCGAGCACGAGCAGAAGGGCUGCGACGGCCAGCCGGACGAUGAGGGCGACGACGCGCUGCACGACGCGCUCGCAGAGCUGUCGGGGGCCGCGGCUGGUCUGGCGGCGGACCCGCAGGCGCCCGUGGGGCUGCGCGGCGCCGGGUCCGCUGGCGGAGCCGCCGGGGGCGGGGCCUGGGCGUCCCCGCUAGCGGCGCAGAGGCUGGACGAGGUCCCGGCGGUGCCCGCCGCGCGCCCCCUGGCGGCGCCGGCGCCGCGUUGGAUCCAGGCGCUGGUGGCGCUGCAGCUCUGCGCCUCCGCUGCCUUCGCGGUCCUCUGCGGCCUCCGCCGGCGGCAGCGCCACGGCACCGUGAGGUCGGAGGGCGCGUCCAGCGCGGACGCCGGCGGCGUGGUGGUGCGGCGCGGCGCGGCCGAGCCGCUGCGGCCGCGCAGCCCGCCCAUGGCGAGCGGCAACCUGUCUCCGGGCGUGGCCUCACCGCUGCAGACCGAGGCGUGACGGCCGCGCGCGUGCGCGAGCGUGCGGUCGCGGUCGCGGGCCUGCCCGCGCUCGGGAGGGGCCCGUGCCUUGCGCGCGCGCGCGCAGAGGCGAGGAGCCCCGCUGGGCGGCCACAUCCAAUCGGAUAUCAGAUCACUGUGGUGUCGGAUGGGGGCACUACACCCAGAGGAUGGGGGGACGGGGAUUUUACGCAUCCGAGCGUCCGCCUGGCCACGCUGGCACGACCUCUCUUUUUGGCCACUCGCGGCGGACCCAAGUGUAUUUAAUUCAGCGGCUUUGGAAUUCAGCUAGUUUGCUAGGCGAUGGGAUGGGGACGUUCAGCACUCAGGCGUCCGCCCAGCCACGCUAGCACGACCUCGUUUUGUUUGCCGCUCGCGGCGGAUCCUGACGAGUUUAAUUCGGUGACUUUGGAAAUUUGCUGGAUGAUGCUGACGAGGAGGAGGAGGAGGAGGAGGAGGAGGAGGAUGGUAUGGGGACGUUCGGCACCCAAGCGUCCGCCCGGCCACGCUAGCACGACCCUGUGUCUUGGCCUCUUGCAGCGGAUUCCAGCAAGUGCAAGUUUGCUACUCCUCUUUCCUCCCCCCCCAUCCACCCUCUCUACGCUCCCGCACCCUCCUGAACCUCCGUCUCCCUCGGCUGCCACUUGUCUUGCGCCUCUUGCGCCCUGCUUCGCCGCCUGCAGCGCAACCACACAUGCCAGCUUGACCACCGCUGCGUGCUUACACCCGCAGUCAGGUGAAACACGCUCCUGGCGUGCAGCGCCGUCCUGUGGCCGCGUCACUUCACUCUGAGUAGCGCUGAUGUGCACCUCGACUGACUCCCAUAGGUCACCGCGCGCAGCAUUUGGCGCACAGUAUUAUUGACGUUUGCGCUCCGAAAACCCUUUCAGCACUCGUCCCAUCCCCAUCCUCAUCUCCCAUUGUCCACCCCCCUCGUCACCCUCGUCCUCCCC